CGGGGCGGGAAAGGGGCUCGGCCCUCCUUUCGGCCUCUGAAGCGCCCACCUGCCCGCUGCUGCCACCCUCGCCUUCCGUCCAUGGUUCUCCUCAAACGCCGAAGGGAGACGAAGGAGACGGAGAGACUCACUGACAGAUGUGUUGUUGUUAUUUAUUAUUAUAUGAGCUUUCCAGCGAAUGGGUUUGGCCUUAAAAAGAUGCCUCAGGACUGCUUUCUUAGCUGAGGACGGAGUUGGCUGCCCCCCCUGGAACUUAGUAGGGCAUAUUCUGUGCAUCUCCUAGUCAACGUGCCACAGCUCCACACACUCUCAAAAUCGGCUUCAGAGGUAUGGGAGACCCUGUGUAGCAGAUUCUGGGAGCACAGGGGAGAGAAGUCACAUUGCAUCAGCAGAAUCCUGCUGGCCCAGCACUGAAUGGCACCCUUCAUCUCUUCAAAUUAUUCCCAUGCAGAAGAAUGAAGUUUUAAAAUCAAGCUACUUACUUUGUGUGAUUUUAAGGAAUUGUUCAUAAAUAUGAAUAAAAUAGAAUAGUAUCUGAACACUGAUGUGACACCUAUGCCCUCUGGUGAGGACACAGAUGCUUCUCCAGCCUUUAGCCACCCUUUUGCCUUGGUUCUGCCCAUCAGCAUGGAACAGUGUCUUAAGGAGCUACAAUCAGAAAUAAAUGAAACUUGUCCUGAUGAAUUGCUACAAGACACAACUGACUGCCUUCAGUGGUUAAAUAAUUGCAGUUUCAGCUCAAUCAAGCCAUCUUCAACCCCUCACAGAGAACUGAUCAAGUUUCUCCAAACGCUGCAAAGCUUACUGAAGGAUGAACAAAACCAAGAAGAAACUAUUCUUCACUUUCUUCUUGAUCUCUCCAGUCAAUGUGGUGUCUUAUUUCCCUGUACUCCAAGUGGGACAUCUUUUGAGUUUAUAUCCAGUGCUUCCCUUCAUGGUGUUGAAGAUGAUUCUGCAAUGGAUACACAGUAUAUUUGGGAUGAUGUAAGAUUACAUCUUCGGCGCUUCUUAGUAAACCAGCUGCAAAAUCAUAAUGAAACAAAAACUGGUACCUUACAACAGCAACUGCAGUUUAAAACUCGGUGUCUACAGCAGCUUUUAUUUCUAUAUCCUGAGGCAGAAGUUCUGGGGAAGUAUCAAAAUAUGCAGAAUAAAUUGGUUAGUGAUCUUUUACAGAAAUGUGUUCUAGAAAGCAUGGGUGAAACAAACUUUGAAAAGAUGGUUCAUGGUUAUGAAAACUCAAUUCCUGCAUUGUGUGCAAUGAUAAAAGAAGAUUUCUAUGUACUGAGCGGAAUUAUUGACCCUUCUUCAACACUGAAGUUUAUUAAUGAAACUUAUUUGGAUACCAUCACAGAAGAAAUGACCGUUCUUCUUGAAACACUUUGUGAGCUUCAGUUUAAGGAAAAUGCAUUGCAUGGUGUUAAAGCAAGCAAGAGCUCAAAGAAACACAGAGGAGUACCUCAUGUUGGGGCGGCUCAAGAAUGUUCUAGAAAAGGGAGAAACUUCUGUUUGACACUACAUCAACUCAGAUGUCUUUCUGAGCUUAUAAAGCUUUUUUUGUUGAUGGAAGAAAAGGUUGAAGAACUAUCUUCAGAAAUGCUGUUAUUACCAUGUUUUUCUGAGAACAGAAAUGUUCAAGGAGUUCUGAAGAAAGCUGGUGGGGAGCUUUUAAUAGGGGAAAGUAGAGCAAAUGAAACCAGUGUGCUUCCUGAACAGUUACUUCAGGUAAAAGAGACUACCAUACUAGAUUUCGGCUGGAGAAAAGCAUUUAAAGACCUGUGCUCUUCAGUAGCUCACUGUAUAACAAUUGCAGUUGAAGAUUUUUCCAAUAAAAUUCUUCAACAUGAGCAGAAUGAACACACUUCAGCUGCCUGCUAUGUGAUGCAUAUUGUAAAGGUACAGCACAUGAAGGAGCUCAGGGAAGUAGUCCAUGAGGAAGAACAACCAAAACAAAUUUCAAAGUUUUGUUCUGACAUCAUGGAGGAACUUGACAUGUUGCUUCCCCUGGCUCUGGCAUGCAGAGAUGAGUCUCUCCAGGAAAUUAGAGCAAACUUUGUAGAGGCCUGCUGCAAAGUAGCAACAGCUGUCCUGACAAGGUUGGAGGAGAGAAGUAAAGAUGUCCCUUCCAGAGCUCCACUGCAGAACUUGUAUACUAUUCUCUCCACAGCAGUGCAUGUCUAUCAGCAUUUUAAUAUGUAUCAGCAUCUAAUGAAAGAUACCACUAGAAAGCCUGUAUUCCUAAUGCCUCUCCAGCAAUAUCAGGAAUUGAUCAGUGUUCUUCAGUUUCAAGUUACAAACUACUGCAUCAGAAUUUGUGCUACAACUAUUUUACAGGAUGCUGAGAGUCACUACUGGGAUGACUACAAAGCUUUUUAUGAGGGGGAAAGAUGCUCAUUCUCCAUCCAGAUGUGGCAUUAUUUCUGCUGUGCUCUUCAUCAUGAUCUAUGGACUGUUCUACCCCCUGUGCUAGCCCAGGAGAUUUUAACAGAAGUGCUGGAGGAAUCCUUGGCACUCCUGGCUUGCAGAUAUUUUCAGGCCCAGCCCAGUUACAAGAGAACACCGCAGAUAAGAAUAGAUGUUAUAGCAAUUCUGAUGACCUGUGAAAGCAUGCUGUGGUCAGUUUGCAGUUCUGUGCAAGAACUGUUGUUCCCACAAAAAGACAGAAAUCGUCGUAUUUAUAAAAUACACAAGUAUUGCAACAAUUUACUUGCAGCAGCUGUCUUUUUAACUGCACCAUUGGAGAACCUGUAUAAGACAUUUCAUAGUAGUGUUGGUGAUCCCUUGCCCUCAGAUUUUUUGGAGCCUACUGUUGACCAACCAUUACACUGGUUAUCUGGCAUCACAGAAUUGUCCCCUUCUUUACUGAAGACUCCAUCAGCCAGAGGAAUGGCAGCCCAGGGUCAACUCAAGCUGCUCUUAUCCCAGCCAUGCUGUAAUUGGAACUUGCUUUUGGAAACCCUGCUACAUCACGAUUGUCUCUUAGUGAAACUUUUACUGAGGAGUUCCAAAUCUGAAUUAUCAAAAAGUGGAGAACAAAGUACUUGCCUAGACAUGAAGAGCAGCCAAGAACCUAGUCUGACUGAAGCAAUCUUUGCAGUGCUUUCUUAUUGUACUUUAUCUCCCAAAUCACUUGGUGGUGUUCUUGAAAACUACAUGGAAAAAGAACAGAUGUGGGAUUGUUUAUACAAUAUAUCAGUUUCUAGUUGCGUUGAGUCAGAGCCAGAGGUUAUCAGAUGCUUGAAGCUGACUUUGAUUAAUUCAGUUAAGGGUAUUGUGAAGCAGAUCAUUUCUUUGAUGCAUUCAUGGGAAGCAACGGAAAACUAUGGAACCUAUCAACACAAGCAAAUUGUCCCUGAAAGUUUGCUGAAGACUGUUCCAAAGGAGUGGAAUUACACACCUAGAGAAAUGAAGAGAAAAGAAUCUGGGAAAUGCUUCACAAGGCUUGCUGCUCAGGCAGUAUCUAUUGUAAUCAGCAAGUUACCUACAGUGAUUGCAUGUUUGCCUCCCCCAAUUAAGUAUUUCUUUUUUCUCUCUGAGAGAAAAAUGCCAAAAAACUUAAUUGAAUCGAAAAAAGCUGGUCUUCUUGUCUGGAUCUUGAUUGUAAUUAUAUGUCGGAUAUUUGAGGAUGGAAACACCACAGAACUUUUAACGGGUACGACUCUUGACAGAUGGAGCAAAGAGAAGCUCAGUUUGGUUCGUGUAUGUUUGGAAAAUAUUAUAGGGAAAAAGAAAAGUAGCCCUAAACAAGUGACUCACAAGAUUAUACAGAGCAUUGAACAACAAAGGCCAAACUGGAUUGAAAACCAGUUACUAAAGGCAAGAAAACUGGGCAUAGACUGCACUAUUAUUGCAGCAGAAGAUAGUAGAAGCUUAGAAGAGGAAGCUAUUGAGCUUGAAUUGACUGAGCAGAAAAUAAACAUGAUGGUCCUGGAUAUCUGCCACAAACCAGGUGGCAGUGAAUACCUGAGGCAAAUUUAUCACAUCAUCCAGCUCAAUGAGGAAUAUUUGAAUGAACAGCUGUCUUAUGAGGAAUCUUCUGAAGAAAACAGGUCAAGCAUUAGACCUUUAAACAUGACAUUCAGAAUCAAAGAACAGCAUCCUGGUUUUGACCCUUUCCAGGUGCACUGCCUGUAUUGCACUAAUGUGUUAGAAAAGUCUACCAUUACUGAGUGCAAAUGGGAUUGGUCAGAUUUGCUGCCGAGUUAUUUGGGACUAAAUAAAACGACUUUCAUGGCACUACUGGAGCACAGAUGGGAGAUGAAGGAGGAAGAAACUCUAGAAGAGGAGGAAAAAGUGAUGCUGGAGCACUUAAAAAACCUUUAUCUCACAACAACCUCUCUUGCCUCUGAAGAUAAAGCAGAAGAGAGAUCUUGACUCGAGUACUACUUGCAUAAAGAACUGAGAAUUGAUGCUAUUCCAAAGAAGUUCUGGGUGACAUUUAAUUGUGAUGCCCCAAGUUGUGCUAUCAAAACUUUCCCUUCUUUCACUCUCCCAUGCAGGUUGGGGGUCCCUCUGCAGUAGACUGAAAGAUGGAAGAGUAGGGAAAGGGAUUCCCACACAUUCAAUGGCACAACAUUGGAUCUUGCCCUCUGCAUAAUUUGUACAAAAUUUGGUUUGUAUGUUUGUAUUUUCUAGGGAACAUUUAAGUGCUAUGUUUUGUUACCUUUUCAGUUGUUUGUUGGUGUACAGAUAUACCUUUGUAAGGAAUAUUUUAAAAAAUUAACAAUUUUAAAAUGUUUAAAAUAACUGUAAACUUAAAAAAUAAAACUGAUAGAUUACUAGCAAAUGGAUGGUAACCUGAAACUACCCAAAGUACUGGAGGCUUGAGCCAACAGAUAAGUUACCAUGUCAAUAUCAAUGGACAGCUUAAAUAAAAAUUCAAGACCAGACUGUGUCAUAGACUGUGCACAUGACAUGGCAUAAUACAUAGAAGUCUUGUUUUAUAAUUUUGUAUAAUGAGUGCAAAGUUAUUAGAAGCCUUAUUAAGAUUAGUUUCAAUAUCUAAAACAUAUUUUUAUAUCAAACACAAUUUGGCAGUUUUAGGAGCUGACCACUCUAUUGAGUUGCUGUAUUAAAGUUGCAAUCCUAUGCAUACAUGCCUAUGACUAAGCCUCAUUUAACAUACUGGGAUUUACUUCUGAGUAAACCUGCACAGUAUUGCAAAUUUAGUAUGCCUGCUGCUCGAGAAUCUAGAAAUCAAAGAUUAAUGUUAAAAACUUUUCCUUUGUCUCUUGUCCCAAGGAAAUGGGAACUGGCUCCCAAAAUAGUUGGGAGAUGCAGGAACCUUUCUUUUUACAUAGUGGAGUAUUAGCGGAAUGCAAUUAUUCUAGACUCUUCUCUCAAAAUCUUGACAGUCUGAUCUGAUGCUCUUGUGUAUGUAGCAGCAGUAGAUGACAGAUGAGUAGCUCUGGCUGACUUCCUUAGCAUAGGGUUCUGCUUUAGCACCUGCAACUUAAGCAGCAAAAGUAGAAUUGACCUGUUUAUCUCUUCCCUUAUAUUCACAUUCAGAUACAGUAGAUAUAAGGGUAAGUACCCAAGGAAUACUAGAAGCAUCUAAUAUCACAAUUCACUUUUUGUUUAUACUUAAUACUUCAGUAUCUUUAAAUCUUAUUAUUGUAGAAAAGUCCUGUUUCUGUCCAAAUCUCUUAUUUGUAGAAGCAUUAGCAGAAUAUUGGGAAGAAUAUCAUCUCCUCCUCUGUACUUCCCUGUACCCCUCACUCAUCGGCAUGAGUGCAAAUAUUUACAAUACUGUAAGAGGUAGAACUCUUGCUGUAUUCAAUCCCAGGGCCUGUGAGUUCCAGGGUGGCUUGCCUAUCAUACAGGAGCAACUGCAUCUUGUUCAAGUAAAGAAGUACAAUAUCCAGGGCACUUCUCGGUAAAGAAACACCAGCAAAAUAAAAUAAGAAUCUUGGUAAGUGAGCAUGAUGAAGAAAUGUAGACUUGGUUGUUUGAUGGAGAUGAUGAUGUUUGCCUUCAAAAGUUUUUUUAAUCCUCCAGUUCUAUAUUCAUGGAAAUUGAUUUAGGUUUGUCUUCAGGAAGGUGUUUAGGGCCAUGUUUAGGCUCCAUUAUUUAAGUGACUACCCGUAAUAGCAGGGCAUAGUGAUGUCAUUUUCAUUUUGUUCCUGACAUUAUUCAAACUCAGCUGUGUGCCCCUCUUGUGUAAACUAGUGCAAUAUAAUCACUUUUUAUAUCACUAUUAUUUUAUUCAGUUCCUUUGUCACAUUUCUCAUGAAACUAGAGUAUCUUUUAUUCUGAAACAUGCUUGUGCUUAGUUUGUUUCAAUGCUUGGUGGUACUGCUGGAAGUGAUUGUAACUUGAAUAAGAACUGCAGUUAUUUGAUAACUUUUCUAAUAUAGCUCAGAGAUUGAACAGGGGGUGUCAAAGGUGAUGUACAAAAUACAUGUACUUUUCUUUAAUAGCUACUGUUCCUAUAAACCCUAUAUGAUCUCUCAUUCCUUCCAAGGGCAUUUUGUAGGCUCUAUGGGCAAUAAAACUAUUGAUUCUAGAACUA